AUGAUGAACAAUGUGUUUGGCUGGGUAAUGACCGGCACAACUGCCGUUGAGCACUCUGUAUCUCAACCAGAUUCUACCACAUCGUAUACAACCGUCUGUAUGACCUCCUUGGAGGAGUCGUUACAAGGAUUUUGGAAUUUAGAGGAACUUACCGUAAAUGAUACAUACUCACCGGAUGAACGAUAUUGCGACACCUAUUACAAGGCCACCACGGAACGUGACGACACCGGUAGAUAUAUUGUUCGCCUCCCAAAACAGCCAGACUUCGGCGAAAAGCUCGGUAUGUCUAGAUCUCAAGCUAUUCGUCGCUUUGAGCUGCUUGAGCGUAGAUUGGAACGCGAUUCAGCACUUCGAGAGGCGUACCAAGCAUUCAUGAAGGAGUAUUUGGAACUGGGGCACAUGUCUCCUAUAAGCACUGAAUGUGACGAUACAGCUGCUUAUUAUCUACCUCAUCAUACAGUUUUUAAGGCAUCAAGUUCCACAACGAAGGUUAGAGUUGUAUUUGAUGGUUCGGCUAAAACGUCGACUGGUUUCUCGCUGAAUGAAACAUUACGAGUUGGACCUAUAGUUCAAGAUGAACUCAUCGACAUCAUUUUGCGUUUUCGAACUUAUAAGAUCGCUGUCGUAGCUGAUAUCGCAAAAAUGUAUAGACAAAUUGUAUUGCAUCCAGACGAUCGACGAUUAGUUCGCAUCUUCUUCCGUUUCUCACCACAAUCGUCGAUUAGAUUGUACGAGCUGAAUACGGUAACAUACGGUUUGGCUCCAUCCUCGUUCUUGGCCACCCGCACAUUAUUGCAGCUUGCAGACGAUGAAGGUGUAGAUUAUCCAACCGCUACACCCGCUCUAAAAAAUAACUUCUAUGUUGACGAUUUCAUCGGUGGUGCGAACAGCGUAGAGGAAGCCCGUAUGCUUCGCCAACAAUUAACCGAGUUGCUCUCCAAAGGAGGAUUCGAACUUCGAAAGUGGACAUCUAACUGUUUGGACGUGCUUACCGGCCUACCAGCGGAACAUAUCGGUACACAGUCUUCCCUGCAGUUUGUUCCGAACGAAACAGUGAAGGCACUGGGCAUCGCUUGGAAGCCCGAAAUGGAUACUCUGUGUUUCGAGUCGACGCCGACAAUUAAUAACACCCACCUCACCAUGCGGUACAUAUUGUCAAACAUUGCUCGAAUGUUUGACCCCCUUGGAUUGAUCGCUCCAGUAAUCAUACGCGCGAAAUUGCUGAUGCAGGAGUUGUGGCUUCAGAAAAUUGGAUGGGAUGAUCCGGUACCAGCACAAAUCUCUAGCAAAUGGAAAUCGGUUACUGACGACUGGCAAGAUCUGGCUGACUUCCAAAGCGAUAGACGCAUCGGAGAAUGCAUAUGGUGCCUGCAUUUACGCGCGUUGCGAAGACCAGCAGGGGCAAGAAGCUCUCAGUGUGUGCAAGUGCCCGUGCAGCAGGACCAGCGAACAGGAUCGACCCCAAACUCGACCGUGCAGGUCAUCGACAUCGAAGCGAAUGAUGAUUCGCAAGCCGUCAUUGAUGAUCCGUCUCCCUCUACCGCGGUAGCGUCCCGUGAGUUUUUAGUCCGACGAAAACGGCUCGAGGCUUGA